AUGUUUGACCUCUUUUCGAUUGGUAUUGGCCCCUCGUCCUCGCACACUGUCGGCCCGAUGCGCGCAGGCGCCAUUUUUGUGAACGACUUGCGCGAGUCGCAGCUGUUGGAUAAGGCCAACACGCUCAAGAUUGCUCUCUACGGCUCGCUGGCCGCGACCGGCAAAGGACACAUGACGCCCCAGGCACUGCUGCUUGGAUUUGAAGGCGCAGACUGCGAGACGGUAGACACCGAGGCGGUGCCGACGCGUUACGAGGCGAUCCUCCGCGACAAGGUCCUGACGCUCGGCAAGGAUACGGAUGCGUCCUACGGCGACGCGAAAGCUAUCGCAUUUGACUUUGAAAAGGACCUCGUGUGGAAGUGGGGACAGACGCUUCCAAUGCAUUCGAACGGCAUGCGCUUCAGCGUCUUUGACGUGAACGGCGAUUUGAUUGCGACCAACGACUUUUACAGCAUCGGCGGCGGGUUUGUCAUCAACGGCAAGAUGGCCGUCGCCGAUGUCCCGGGUCCGCGGCCGAUGCGCGAGGGCCUCGAGGCGCCGGACGGUGCACAGGAGCCUGGGUUCCCUCACGAAGCCGCGCCGACGACGGCCGUCGUGCCGACCGACGCGGACAAACACCCCGAGGAUAUGCUCGAAAACGUCUUUUACAAGUCGAUCCGCCGCGACGAUGCGGGCGGCGAUCGCCGCAGCGGCGUCACGCCGCACGCGGACGAGACGGACCUCCCGCCGAAGCUCUUGUCCAUCGGCGGCGACGUCCAGGAUGAGCCCGACCGCCCCACGCCAGGCCAAAAAGAGCCGCGCUUUCCUUUUCACAACAUGGCCAGUCUGCUCGCGCUCACGCGCAAGCACAACCUGACCAUUGCCCAGAUUGUCUACGAGAACGAGCUGACGUGGUACACGCCCGAGGAAAUCGACGAAAAGAUUAUGCGGAUCUGGAGCGUGAUGGACGAGGGGAUCCGCGCGGGCGUGCACAGCACGCAGGAAGUCCUUCCCGGCUCGCUGCAGAUGAAGCGCCGUGCGCCAAAGCUCUACCGCCGCCUGAUGCGCGGCCUGUACAUGGGCCCCCGCCGCCUCGGCAACAUGAACGGGCCCGACACGGACGAGAUCGAGCGGCCAAAGGGUGCGGGCGAGGUCGAGCGCCUCCCCAAGCCGCAGCGCGAUGCGCCCAGCGUCCCGGCCAAGUACAUGCGCCGCGAGGCAUCGCGCGCGCCGACGAUCCGUGGCUCGUUCCAGCACGAAAUCAUGCCGGUGCCCCCCCGGCGCACCAACUUUCCGGCGAUGGACUGGCUCUCGUGCUGGGCGAUUGCGACGAACGAGCAGGUCGCGGCCGGCGGCCGUAUUGUGAUUGCGCCGACGCUCGGCGCGGCCGGCAUCAUCCCCGCAGUCCUGCGCUACGUCGUGGAAUUUGUCGCGCUCUCGCCCGAGGACGAGGAGAAUCUCGUGCGCACCUUCCUUUUGACUGCCGCAGCGAUCGGCAUGCUCUUUAAGCGCGGUGCGACGAUCAGCGCCGCCGAGGGCGGGUGCAUGGCCGAGGUCGGCACGAGCUGCUCGAUGGCCGCCGGCGCCUUUGCCGCGUGCAUGGGCGGCAGCCCGGAGGUGAUUGAGCAGGCCGCCGAGACGGCGAUCGAGCACAACCUGGGCCUUACCUGUGACCCGGUCGACGGCCUGGUGCAGGCACCGUGCAUUGAGCGCAACGCGGUCGGCUCGGUAAAGGCCGUCGUCAGCGCGAACCUCGCGCUGUCGUCCGACGGCGUGCACUCCAUCUCGCUCGACGAGGCGAUCCACGCUGCGCGCAUUACUGCCGCGGAUAUGCACAUGAAAUACAAAGAGACUAGUCUGAGCGGCCUGGCCACCACGGUCAAGAUUCCCGUCGCGGUGCCCGAGUGCUAG